AUGUUAACCUACUACGUUGUUCUAGGUUGGCAGCGCAGCAAAUCCACUGUGUAUGACUACGGAUCGGAGCUUUACUUUGGUGAAGAUCGUGCUUUGCACCGCUAUGGCCGCAGAGAACAGCCAAAACGACGUGCCUCUGUUGAAGCCCAUAUCCGGGCCACACGAUCGUCUUCAGAUAGGACGAAACCCAAGAACCCUAUCGGUCCGCCCAUUCAAAAGCGCAUGCAGACUGUUCGCCCAGACUCUGCCAGAGAGUGCAUCACUCCAAACAAGGCUUUGACCGGAUGGGCCCAGGCUGACAAGGAUUUGACCUUCCAGAAGGUGAAUAUCGAGAACAAAGAAGGACCGCAAGCCAGGCCAUACACUCCAAAAUAUGACCCACCUGGUGCUGAUGUCAUUCAAUUUCCAUGACUCUUCAAAGAACGCUAUCCGGCUUUCGGCGACAAAGGAGGGUUUCCGUUUGAAGAUGAUGGCGAGCCUUAUCCUAACACUAGCACUCUGCCGAUAUCACCGAAAUCCUCUGCUAGCAAGUUUUUGAGCGAGAUCCGUCUGGAACUGGAGAGUUUCGAAGUACCGGAGAACCGAAUAAUGAAAGGGCGCAUCUGUUUCGAUUUAAUGGAGCCAAUUACAGUCGAUUCUAUUGAAUUCGAUAUCAACAAGACCCUUGUUAUGGUCACCAAAGACGGGAAAGUCAUAACACCUCGAAAGGACGCAAGUGCUUCUGUGACAAAAUUGAAAUUACUUCCCAGCCGCCAACCCAAGCCAUAUAUUCCUGAACUAGCGACACCUGAAGAGAUCGACGAGAACGAAGGAAAAACUCGCCCGCCGUAUGACUUUGUCUUGCCCAACACAUACCGGAAGACAGUUGGUCUGAACCUUGACCGAAAAUGCAUACCAUUUGAAAUCUACAUCCCAGAGAACAUCGUCCCCUCCUUCAGUUACGUUGCUCCCAAUGGAGGCAGUGUGGUGAAUAACUACUCCGUCGAAGCCACAGUUCGUACAUGUGGUUCGACUGAGAGGGUUGGUCUUGUGCCAAUUACCGUUCCCGCCUUGGGCAAAGAAAGUGAUCCUGGGUACGGUCUUGGGGAUGAUCUUGAAGUUGUGAUGCCAAAUAGAUGCUUUACAAAUCAAGAAGGUUUCGACUACGCGGUUGGAUGGAUCGACGGUGACGCGAAUACUCCGAAACCAAAAUCUAUCUCGGCAAAAGUCAUUCAGAUAGUCAAAUGCUCUGCGAUCGGCGCUGAUUCAUCCGUCACCCAUGAAUUGGGCUCAGUUAAUAUGGCCAGCGGCGAUAGCAACUCCGUGUUUGAUCAGUACAAACUGAACCCAAAGAGCAAGACCGCGAAGGAUAAUUGGGGCGCCAACGCAUCGUCUCAAGACAACACUACCCAGUUCACCACACCCAGUGUCUCAACUGAAGGUUUCACCUGCGAUUACAUACUUGAGGUUGAAGCAGAUUCCAAAACCUUCAGUGGAGCUGUCAUACUCUGCGACCGACUUAGCAAGAACGACUUACAGCGAAACGAUUUAAGUCCCAUUUCCAGGAGGAACGACUUCAGACUGAAGCGUUGA